AUGGCCAGGAGAUAUGUUAACCGUCCCCGCGAAUUUAAAUAUGGUGGUUUGGAUGGUGCACUAAGCAAGCAAUUCCCACGAUACUGGUCGUCUAUCCUCGCUGGUGGCCAGCGGGUUAACAAGAACAUAGUCAUAUCAGAAGUUCGGGAACUACUGUCGGUUUGCAAUUUGCUGGCGCUUUCAAUGUCUAUACCAUUGGACAAAAAGGUCACUGUGAUCAGAGCUGAUAGUCUGAUCUACCCGAGUCCCGCCAUAUAUACUCUAGUCAUCAAUUGUCAGGCACCAGGUGCACGCCGUGACAUUAUCUUGGUCCUUUCGUUACUUCGCCUUGCGAAGAAGUCGACUAAGGAAUCUGCUGCUCGGGUUUACAACUACAUUUCGGUUCACAAAUUGCUUGACCCACACAAUUCCCCUGGCCAUUACUUUAUUGGAUAUCACAACCCGAGCGGACCACUCGGCCAUCUUGCCCUUGUUGUGAAAAAGCCGCCAGAAUUGACUAUAUGA